GGCGGUGAGCUUCCUCGGGGACUCGGCCACUCGGAGGGCGCCACGGCGGCCGCUCUAGCCGCCGUCCCCUGGCUCGGCCUCGCUCUCUCGGCCGCCAGCUCUCUAUGGUACUGGCGACGACAUGUGGCGGCUCCCGGGACUCCUCGGUCGAGCUCUGCCACGUCUACUGGGACCUGGCUUCCGUGGGGUGACCCCCAAGUCCACCAGCCCAGAUGGGACUCAGGCUACCUCCUCCAACCUGCUGGUCCCUGUGCCCGGCUAUGACAGGUCCGGCAGCCAUGGCCCAGGCCCAGGCCCAAGCAGGGGCCCGAGGUCCCAUGGAUGGAAGGAUGCCUUCUGGUGGAUGUCCGCUCGUGUCUGCCCAAGUGCUUUGUGGGAUGCCAUAUCAUGGGGCACCCUGGCGGUGCUGGCCCUGCAGCUGGCAAGGCAGAUCCACUUCCAGGUGUCCUUGCCAACAGGACCUCGGCGAGCGGAGCACUGCUGUUGGCGCCGCCCCCUGGACCGUUUCCUCUCAUCUCCCCUGUGGCAUCCGCCCUCCUCCCUGCGGACACACAUCCUGCCCAGCCCUGAUGGCCCGGCUCCUGGGCACCCUGGCCACAGGGAGCUCAGGCUGGGCCAGGACGAGCCCUCCGCUCAGCCCGAGAGCCUCUCUUCGCCCAGCUCCUUGAGAGCCGCUGGUCCCCACGGUCCCUCUGAGGAAGAUCCCAGUGACAUCGGCUUCCUGCCCGCCAGCAGUAGCUCCAAGUCCAGGGCGAAGCCAUCCCAAGCUCAGCCCACUGGCGAAAAGCAGGAACAAGCCAAAUCCAGACCGCUUUCCCUGGAGGAGGCCGUGACUUCCAUUCAGCAGCUCCUCCAGCUCAGCGUUUCCAUCGCCUUCAACUUCCUGGGGACAGAGAACAUGAGGAAUGGGGACCACACGGCAGCCUUUUCUUACUUCCAGAAAGCAGCAGACCGCGGCUACAGCAAAGCUCAGUACAACGUGGGCUUGUGUCACGAGCAUGGCAGGGGCACCCCCAGGGACCUCAGCAAGGCAGCCCUCUAUUACCAGCUGGCUGCCGGCCAGGGCCACAGCCUGGCUCAGUACCACUACGCCAGGUGCCUGCUGCAAGACCCAGGCUCCUCGUGGGACCCUGAGCGCCAGAGAGCAGUGUCUAUGCUGAAGCGGGCUGCAGACUCCGGCUUGAGGGAGGCCCAAGCUUUCCUCGGGGUGCUUUUCACCAAGGAGCCAUACCUGGACGAGCAGAGAGCUGUGAAGUACCUUUGGCUUGCCGCCAGCAAUGGGGACUCCCAGAGCCGGUACCACCUGGGGAUUUGCUAUGAGAAGGGCCUUGGCGUGCAGAGGAACCUGGGAGAGGCCGUGAGAUGUUACCAGCAGUCAGCAGCUCUGGGGAACGCACCUGCCCAGGAGAGGCUGCGGGCCCUCUUCUCCUCGGAGGCAGCAGCCUCGAGACCCAGCGACCUGGCGGUUCGAGGAGUCAAGUCUUUCUCCAGCCCCUCCCUCUGCAGCCUCAACACCCUGCUGGCAGGAGCCUCGUGCCUGCCGCACGCCUCCAGCACAGGCAGCCUCGGCCUUCUCUGCAGAAGCGGGGGUCUCAGAGCCGGCCCCGCGGACCCCGCCUGGGCUGUCCCCCCACCGCCCUUGGAAAGGAGUCUCGUCAGACUGGGUUUUGGCUAAGGGCUGGCCUGCACCCUGGCCUCACCCCCACUGGUCCCUCCUGAGACUGCCUCCCACGGAUGACUCCUUGGAAGCAGGGACUUUGUCUUUGGAUCCCAGGAUGCCCAGCACUGAGCACAAGGCCCUGUCAUGCAGGUCACAGACCCCUUUGAGAAUCAGAUGAAAGCAGUGACUCCUUCCGGUAGAAAAAUGCGUGCUCCCAACCAACUUUGCAUGCCAUCCAGCAGGUUCGCAGCUCCUAAGUGCAACCAAGGACCCCAGGGUAAGAAUACACCCUCGAGACCUUAAACAGGACAUCGUCCUGAACGGCAGAUGCAGAUCCCAGCCCUGCCACAAGCCUGCCAUGUGGCUCUGGGCCCGUCAGCCCUUUCUGUCCUAGUGUUGUCUGGGCUAUAAAGUGUUCCUUGUGACUCAAAUUGCUCAUGUCUGUGGAGGUUUAGCUGCUGACUUGGAGCAGAGCUGCUUAAUUUUUUAUAGGUCACAUGUUCCUUUGAAAAUCUGAUCGCUUCGUAUCUCCUGCCUAGAAAAAUGCCUGUACACAAAGUCCUGUCUGGUAUCGGCAGGUCCGAGGACUACAGAUUUAGCACCUUUGAGCUGCAGUGAGGCAGUGAUCCAGGCGCCAGCCCUGGUUCCGGUUUCCUCGGGUCACCUCUUCUCCCCAUCUCUCCUCGCCACUUCCCAACCUUAGCUGUGCACUGAAAGGCCACUGGCAAUCGGGGGUCUCCUCCAGGGCUGUGGUGUUCAGACUUUGUUUUCACGUAACGGAACCUUUUUUUCUCUCUUCCCUGGAGCUCCAAUAUAGAGAAGAGGGAACCCUGUAGUCUUAAUUUACCCCUUUAUUCUUUUAUGCAACAAGAUUUCGCCCCGCCUGGGGCCAGGUACUUGGCUGGUCAGGUUGGGGGGUCUGCUGGCCUGGUCUUCCCCAGCUUCUGUCCUUGACUUGGGGAACCCAACGGCUUGCAAAUCACAGAUCUUGUAAAGAGGGUACGCGGCCCUGGGGUGAGACGCUCAGAGACCUGGAGACCCUGCUCCUGAAGCACUUGGGGAGGCUCCUUUUCCUCCUCUGUAACAUGGAUAAUGGAAUAAGGACGCCUCACGGCCUCCAGGGGUGGGAGGUUUCCAUUACCCCAAGUUGGGAGGACAGCUGGCCCCUUUCUACGGGGAGCGAAUGGGUACCGAGCGCCCAAAAAGGACAAAAGCAGAGGCACAGAGGGGGAUUUUUACCCUCAGUGCCCAGGAGCGCGCCGCGUUAUUGAGGAGCUGAAUGACUGCUUGGAAAUUUCCAGGAAAAUGAUAAGGCUGAGCCCUGGGGAAAAAGUUGCUGUGUUUUUCACUCCCUCCUCCCCUGGAAGGUUGGCUGCUGUCAGUGUCGAUUUCGUAGACCCAGUUCCCACACUGUCCUCUAGGGCCUGAAUUCUCUGCUGUGACAGAGGAAGAUUUACCCACAAAGGGUGGGCUGGAAAGCUGCCUUCUGCAGCUGAAGGGCUGCUUGCCGGGAAGGACUGGACGCUGCAGAGGCCCUGCCUGCAUCAGGUCCGAUCCAGAAUCCCUGUCACUCUGGAGACGGGCGGGCCUGUGUGGCUUUGCAAAUGCCCUUUCCAACAGUGUUUCUUGAGGGCAUCCCGGGCAAGUCUGCUGCUGGUGUAAGCUCACCUGGGGGGGGGGGUUUCCUUCGCUUUUCUGGGCCAGAGUGUGGUGUCAAGGUCAAAGGCAUGGGUUUCUGUGUUGGGCAAGCCUGGGUCCAGUUCCUGACACUGCCUCUGCUCUCUGCUUGAUCUUGGGCAGGACACGCAGCCUUUGCAAGCCUCAUGGGGUUCAUAACACUUCCCCACCUAGGGUUGUGAGGAAAUUAAAUUAAAUCCUAUUGUAAAGACUGGUACUUGGC